GGGACAGGGAGGCUCGGGCUGCCGCGGGAGGUGUGCGGGGUGUGUUCGCUUCGCGUCCCCGAGGCUCCCCCAAAUCCUGUCCGUGGUUUAAAAAUCGCUCUCUUGGCAUAAGUGCGCGGGAGCCAGACUCACUUUAUCGCCGCUGACGCUGUCGAAAUCGCUGUGGCUCCAGCGGUAACAACGGCGAGCCCCCUCCCUGCAUCCCUCCCUCCUUCCCUCCCUCCGCCGGGUCACCCGCUCCUCGUGAGAAACCAAAUGCUGAUGUUCCAUUAGCUUCAUCCUCCCCGCUUACGCGAAAGUGAGGAAGACUUGCUAAUUAAUUUACAUACGAGGGAAUGAUGUCUGAAGGAAGGAGAAAAUACCCCGUUGCACCUGCUCCGCCGAGACUUGUCAUCUGAAUCCGGAGGAGAGCUAUAAAUCAUGUGAAGUGUUCGCGGUGGAGUCGGCUUCUUCUGAGAUCUGUAGGAUUAUGUAUCCAAAUGCUGAAUUUAUAUUUCCCACUAGGAAAAGACCGAAACCCAGAUGCUUCAGAAGCUUGCUGUGUGUUUACCAGGGGUUCUGCCAACCAUCUCAAGAGGGGACUCACCUAUUCUUUCAUUAAUUGAGCAAAACAUUAUCUUGAAAUAAUUAUUCCUCUCCACAUGGCCUUCCUACUCGUGUCAGCUUAUCUUCUGCUGACCCAUGCUCGGGGUGCUCCUGCUGAGAAUGGGGCUCUGUUGGAAACACUGAAGUCACAAGUGGGAUUAUUCAGCAAUACAAGUGAACACUAUUCAGCACAGGUGAGACCUCCUGGCACGAGCCGACAAAUACCUCAGACAAUCAUCAUAGGAGUUCGUAAAGGAGGGACCAGAGCUUUGCUGGAAAUGUUGGAUAUUCAUCCUAACAUUGUGGUGGCAGCUACAGAAGUCCACUUCUUUGACUGGGAUGAAAAUUAUGUGAAAGGAAUAGACUGGUAUAGAAAUCUGAUGCCAUUUUCUUAUGGAAAUCAAAUUACAAUUGAGAAAACACCAGGCUAUUUUACAUCACCACAGGCUCCAGGAAGAAUUCAUGACAUGAAUAGCUCCAUUAAACUGCUGCUCAUUCUAAGAGAUCCCACUGAGAGAGUUAUAUCUGACUAUACCCAAGUAUAUUACAACAGAGUGGAAAGCCACAAGCCUGUUCAGCUCUUUGAAGAUAUUGUUAUUAAGAAUGGAGUGCUUAAUACCAAAUACAAAGCUAUUCAGAGAAGUCUAUAUGAUGUCCAUAUGGAAAAGUGGCUUAAGCAUUUCAGUUUGGAUCAGAUUCACAUAGUGGAUGGCAAUACUUUGAUCAAGGACCCUCUUCCUGAAUUACAAAAAGUUGAAAGAUUUCUAAAUCUUCCAUCCCGAAUUAUGUCUUCUAAUUUUUAUUUUAACCAAACCAAGGGAUUCUACUGCAUCAGAAGUGAUGGGAGGGAGAGAUGUUUACAUGAAUCCAAAGGGCGUCCCCAUCCCCUUGUUAACAGCACUGUUUUAGAGCAACUGUAUUCUUAUUUCAGAGAGCACAAUGCAAAAUUUUACAGGAUGGUUAAUCAUUCCUUUGACUGGCAUUAACACAUUUGGGGUCAAUCUUUCUUAAAAAGAGCCUGAGAUAAACUUUCAGACAGACCUUUCUAAACUGUAAAGACUUGUGUUAUGAGAAUUAACACACUGGUUAUAUGCUUCAUUAGAAUAACACUUCUGUUGAUUCAUUGAAAGGGUACUGUUUCUGUUGGGAAAAAUAAGUUUUAUGUAUUUGUAUGAUUACUGGGAGUCAUAUGCUGAUCUUCUUUCUCUCACAUGCAAAUACAUUAACUUUCACAUGCAAAUAUAUUAGCAAAGGUGUAUCUCUACAAGAUUUUUGCUGUUUUGGAAAAAUGCAUCUAACUUCUAAAAAUGUAAAUAUUGGAAAUAGUAUUAUUCUAACUGUUCUGUAUUUUUUGUUGUUAGUAUUUUUUAUAUCCCACAUGAUAGUGGUGUUGAUUUAUAGAAUUUUUCAUAAAAUAAGUUUAAAUUGUAUGUUAAAAUAGGGGCAUAAUAGUAGCUCUAAUAAAUAAAUCAUCAUCUUCAAUAUGCUGAAGUACUUAAUUAAUAAUAGAGGGAAUCUAUUUCACCUGUAAUUCUGAAUAGGUGAGCUAGAAGCCACCUGUCUGUAUAACAUGAGUAUUAAACUACAUUCUUACUAUCUUGGGUUUGCAAAAGAAUCUGCAAAGUAAGAAUAUAAACUGAAGAAGGUUAAAGUGAGAGUUCUGAAUGUAUAGAAAUUAAAAUAUCCCAGGAACACUGAUACUCUAUACACUAAAAUAAAAAUCAAUGCCAAAAUGUUAUUAACAAUUGAGCAACUGUACAAAUAUUUGAUUGCAUAAAUUAUGUCACUUUGCUCUUGAAUGGAAAGGCUCUCAGUGCUACCAUAUGAAUUAUGUUUGUACUCUGUGGCUAGUUAUUCUAUUGUUCUCCUGCCUUUGGUUUAUAUAUCUCCAUUGGCACAACAGUUCUUGUUAAAAAAAAAUAUUAUUUGCUUGCCCCCUGAAGCAUGGUGUAGUUUUAUUUUGCCAUUUCUUGGUGCAGACCACAGGAUAGUCUCAACAUUAAAAAAACCUCUUGUUAUGUCACAUAUCUCAGACACAGUGUUCAGAAUGACAUACUCAGGUUAUUUGUAAGAACCACAACCAUUUCUAGCCCUGCAUCAGGAUUUAUUUUCAAUUUUUUUAACAGUAUUGUGCUGAUUUUUCUGCUUUUUCAUGUAAACAUUUUAUUAUAUAUCAAUACCAAAGAAGAAAAUCAACUCUGAGCAUCAAACCCAGCCCUGGCAAGGGUCCUGCAUCUGUGGCCUUCUACCUAAGUCACUGCUCAGCCUAAAGGAGUGCAUGUUCCUACUGUGAGAUUCUUCCACUUUCCAGGCUAAAAGGUAUGUGUUACAGGGCCGAGUUUUAGGCUUUUAAUACUUUAUGAGUGGACUGCUUAGGCAGGUAGCAGUAUUCCUCUGAAGCUGGAUGGAAUCAGAUUAUGUGGAAACAGCUUUCAUCAAAUAUUCUGUCAAAAAAUGUAGAAUGUUAAAAAUAAUAUAAUUAAUCUUAUUCUUUAGCUCUUCUACUACUUGUAUGAGAGAAAAUAUGAAAGCAAAUUAUUUUCAUUAGCACAUAAUUAAUCUCUGAAAUUAUCUUUCUGAAGUAUAUUUACUACAUCCCUUAUUUCUGUAGAUGGUGCAAAUUUUCUUUUACUUCUACUUUUCUGAGAUUGUGGCUUCUUAAUCAUUGAUAUUGAUCAGAUAUAGGCACUAAGAAAUAUAACAUCAAAUAAGAAUUUGUGGAAAUACGAAAAUAUUUGUUUCAAAUUAGUCAAAGAACAGAGUGUUUAUGCUGGUCUUUUACCAUCUCCACAAGGACAUUGGAUAGCUAAACUGUAAUAAUUACAGUUUUGCAGUCUAACAGUAUUGUCUUUGUCUUUUCUCAAGUAAAAAGCUAAACCAGAAAAUGUCUGAACUCUGAAUUUACAGUGUGAUUCUCUAUCAGAAUAGAUCUUUCUACUCUUUAGAACUCACAGCACUUUAGUCUGAUAACAGAACAUCCAAAUCCAGAUUCCCAGUAUUGUCUAACAUGGCUGGUUCUUUCUGGCCAAUGCAAUCUUAGUGAUAAAACUCCUUCCAAUUUCAGAAAUACAUUAUCAAAGGGAGAAGUAUAAAUGCUUCUUAUAUAGGACAAAAAUAUAUUAAUUUCUGUUUCUUAUACAUUCUGAAAAUCUAUUUUUCCUUUUUUAUUUUUUUUUAUUACAAGAUGCAAAUUUGAAAACAAUGUAUACUUUAAUAAAAGUUUCAGGUAGAUGCCAAUAACUGAAAAACUCAUAUGUCAAUAUGCCACAUUAAAUUUCAUAGUCUUCCAAGAAAAAGAAAGGUGGAAAAUUCUAAUGUCUUUCUAAAUUUAUGCUUGCAGGAAUCAAGUCUUUCUCCUCUGAAGUUUACAGCUAAUCUUUAAAUGAGCUGAAUGCAGGAGCACCAGUUAGCAGAAGCUAUAUGCAUCUUUGAAAAUGCAAGUUCCUUUCUGGAAUUUACAUUUCAAGGAGAGCUGAGCUGUAUGGAUUAGUGAUGCAUAUAUCUAUUUGAUUUGUUAUCACUCCUCAUUCCUGUUCAGCAUUUUGGGGAAGUACAGAGUCCAUGGAAUUAAUUUAAUAUUAUUUUAGAGUUUACUCUAAAAUAUCUAAUAUUAUUUUAGAGUUUAAUAUUAUUUUAGAGUUUAAUAUUAUUUUAGAGUUUAAUAUAAUGAGAAGUAUAUUAAGCAUUAAUAAAUAUAUUCAUAUAAUCUGGGUGAGGGGUUGGUUUAGUUUGGUGUGUUUUUUUUUAUGUAAACCAAGAUUCUCAUCAGAAAUUUUGUUUUGCUGAUUGGUCAAAAAGCAUGCUUGCUCACCUCUGCAAAAUAGAGGUUAGACUGUAUCUUUACAUUGCAAACUUUCAAUCAGUUUUUCAUUUUGUGGUCUGAAAAAUACUCUCUCAUGCCAUCCUGACCUUUUCCAUUCUUACAGUCUUUAAGAAAACCUUCCUCAUGCCCAGGAAGGGAAUCAUAUCAAUUUCAUAUAGAAGCCAUUGAGCCAUAUUUGAGUAAUAGUAAAAUAAAAGUACUCAGUUUUUGACACUUGGAAUUCAAAAAUAGUCAAUUUUUUGGGAAGACCUGAAGACUUACAAUCAGUAUGCAGAUGUUAUUAACAAGACAGUUCACAGUUUAAAAAAUUACAUAUAUCUCAUGAAUUUACACAAUUGAUAGUAAACCAGAAAUUACUUUUUGCUAAAAGAAAUUAUCAUCUCUUUAUCUGAUACUCAAGUGUUGUAUACAAAAAUAAAUUUCAUGUGGGAAGGUCACUUGAAGGAGUCAUGCAGUUGUUUCAAAGAUUUUUGGGAGCAUCUGGAACAGAUGAUAUAAUUACAUGUCAAGAUUACUGCAGAAUUUAUGAUGGUUUGACCAGCUUUUGAUGUUGUUUUGCAUUCCAGAAAUACAAAGCUUUCACUAUAUAUAUUAUCUAUAGUACAUAUAGUACAUAAAGGAAAUUACUGGGAAACUUAAAAGCUAGGAUUUUGUCCCCAAAACUCCUAGUACUUAACUAAUGAGAAAGAAAUUAGGAAGUUCCUCCAUUGCACUCUAACCCAUUCUUUUACCAGGAAAAGGCUUGGAUUUUUCCAUUAUAUCCCUUGUAUCCAGGUGCUCAAAAGCCUUGGUCCCUGGCUUCUGGUCUUUCACAACUUAGCCUUGAAAACUUGGCAUUUAGAGUCCUCCUAAAGGAUAAUUGUUAAAACAGAGACAUUUUUUUAAUGUGGAAAACUUUACAGAGGGCACACACAUCAUUGCAUGCUGCUCCACAUCAGCUCUUUUAUGAUCCUCUUGAUACAAAACUGAUACUCCUAUAGAGAUUAUCUAUUGAAGACCAAUCAGAUUGACUACUCUGCGGAAGCUUAUCCACACAAGGAGUUUUUGGUCUUCGUACACAUCAAAAGAAAUUUUCAAAAUAAAUUGUUUCUGUAAAAUUUGACUUCUUAUUGCUUUUGUCAAUUCAGAUGUUUUUAUGAGUUGGAGAAAAAAAAAUAAUACUUUUAUAAUCCCUAUAAUUUCUUGUUUAAUCUAUGUGGUCAAAACCACAAAUAUGAUUUAUCAAUUUACUUACACAAUUUAACUAAAAAAAUAAAGAAGAAAAAGAGAAAGAAUAUUCUCCCAAAUCUUUGAUUCAUAGUAAGAAUUGCACAAUAACUUUUCCCUUAUGAGAAAGGAAUUUUAAAAUUCUUUAAGUAUUAUACUAUUGUAGAUUAUUAUUUUCUGUACUUGUGGAUUUGGUCUUCAUUUCCUUCAAAAGCUUGAAUUUUGUCGUAAGUAUGCAGACACAUUGUGAAUAAAAUCAGUAAUUAUUUGCCUA